UUGACCUUUCAAGACAAAAUGCGGACACAAUGGCUGUGGCUGCAUCUUCAUGAUUUCUCGGUGAAGUCACUGCGCUCGUCACAGAUUCUCUAUGGAGAGAAAUCUAUAUCUGCUCUUAAUGCUAAUUCUUGCAUCGAUUUCUUCUCAUCUUUGCCCAAAUCAGUUGUUUGCUUCCCAUGACGACGGACCAAUCGGCGGCGAGAUGUGCUGGUGCCGCUGAUGGCGCAGGGCCACACCAUCCCCAUCGUCGACAUGGCGCACUUCCUCGCCCGCCACGGCGCCCACGUCACCUUCCUCACCACCCCGCUCAACGCCCUCCGCAUCGACGCCAUCAUCCAACGCGCCGGCGCGUCUGGGCUUGCCAUCGACUUCGUCUCCCUCCCUUUCCCCUGCGCCGACGCCGGUCUUCCCCUAGGCUGCGAGAACCUCGACGCCCUUCCGUCCCCGUCGCGCGACUACCUCCCCAACUUCCUCCGCGCCUGCGACAUGCUCCGGGCCCCCUUUAUGGCGCACCUCCGCCGGCACCCUCUGCCUCCGAGUUGCGUCGUCUCCGACGCCUCGCAACCGUGGACCGGGGAGAUGGCGCGGGACCUGGGCGUCCCGCGGCUCAUCUUCCACGGCUUCGGGGGCUUCACCAUCCUGGUGAGGCAGAUCCUGCACCAGGAGGGCGUCUACGUGAGGGUCACCGACGAGUCGGAGAUACUCGACGUCCCAGGAUUUCCUCACCCGCUGCGGGUGCCGAUGGCCAAAGCUCCGGGCACCUGUUUGGGUCCUAAGCAGGAGCAUCUACGCCUCAGGAUCAUGGAGGAGGAAGCCAUGGCUGACGGCGCUGUGGUGAACACCUUCGACGACAUUGAGGCCGUGUACGUGGAGAGCUAUCAGAAGAUGAUCGGAAAAAGGGUAUGGACAGUCGGCCCCUUGUGCCUCUGCAACAGAGAUGCCACCCAUAUGGCCGCAAGGGGAAACAAGGCGGCCAUAGAUGUCAGUCAAUACUUGCGCUGGCUCGACUCGAUGGCGCCGACCUCCGUCAUUUACGUGAGCUUCGGCAGCCUCGUCACCGCCGGCGUCGAGCAAAUUGUGGAAAUUGGAAUGGCUCUGGAAGCUGCAGGGUUUCCGUUCGUAUGGGUGAUUAAAGCCGGAGACCGAUUAGCCAUAGAGGUGGAUCGGUGGCUGGCGGAGAGCGGUUUGGAAGAGAGGACAAGGAAGAGGGGGCUGGUGAUACGAGGAUGGGCGCCGCAGAUGAUGAUCCUAUCGCACCCUGCUGCCGGCGGGUUUUUGACGCACUGCGGGUGGAAUUCCACUCUGGAGGGAAUAUGCAGCGGCCUUCCCAUGGUGACUUGGCCGCACUUCGGCGACCAGCACAUGAACCAGAAGGUGGUGGUGGAGGUGUUGAGGAUCGGGGUGGCAGUGGGAGGCGGAUCGGCCAAGUGGGGAGACGAGAACAGCGGAACGGUGGUGAGGAGGGAGAAGAUCGAAAAGGCAGUAAGGGAGUUGAUGGGGGUAGGGGAGGAAGCCGAAGCGAGGAGGGAGAGGGCGAGGGAGCUAGGUGAGAAAGCAAAGCGCGCCAUGGAAGGAGGUGGCUCCUCUUAUCAGAACUUGAGCAGGUUGAUACAGCAAUUCCAAUCGGAAGCAGAGUAGAUGCAAGUUCGAUAUGAUAAAUAUUUCAGAGAAUCGUAGAAAUCGAUUCAUCAGCAGCCAAACCAGAUUGUACAAUUCUAUAUUUUCUCGAUCGAAAGUUUGUCCACAAUCCAGAUCAAAACAGAUGAAUCAUCAA